ACGCGUUUCAACUGAUAAACUGUAUGAAGUUUUACCUUUCCCGGGUAUGUAAAUAAAAUGAUAUUAGCCUAAGAGGUGUGGCUACGCCGUGCACUUACCGAACCCAAAUCCCACACGCAUGCUUAACCCGGGUCACAACAGCUGUCAAAGCUGUCACACCAGUUUCUCUUAUUUGAUCAGAGGUUGGAAAUAUUUACCCCGCGGAUGCAACAAAAAUGCGUACCACCUAUAAGAAGUGUCUUUCACUGAUUUUGAUCAGUGUGCUACUGCUGCUAGCUCUGUUUUAUGCUAGCAGCCCUGGAACCAGCUCAGUAGUUGACAUCCGGCCAAGACAGGAUAGUCCAUUAAAGAAACUCCUUGAUGGGAAAAUUGGAGACACCAUCAGUGGCUAUCGUGACAUUCCCUACCACAUAAAGGAGGAGGUGGCAUGUCGUUUGGCUCAAAAUACAUGUGUAUGUCUGGCUGAUAAGGACACAUUUCAGCUGCCGCUAUCCAAUCUGCUCUUUCCACGUGUGUGGGCCCAAAACCUCAGUAAUGCCUUCCUAGAGUCCCAUCCUGAUCCUGAGGGCAUAAAGCGUCACAGAGCUAUGGAGUACAGCAGCUUUCAGAGGAGGUCCUACAAUCCUGCAGAUGAGCUUAUUGUAACUGAAGCCAACAAUCCUCUUCAGUAUCCCACCCAGGGCGUGGAGGUGCGACCCCUCAAAACAAUCAUCAUUCCUGGUUUGGGUCUUAAAGAAGAAGCAAGAUCAAACCACAUGGUAUCUUUGACAGCAACACUGGGGACUUUUGAUGUUGCUGCUACAGUGGACAAGGUCUCUGUUAAAGGGGAAGGGGCGAAGCACAUGAGACUGUCAGGUCCCCUUCUCUCUGCUCUGAACAGGCAGCUGCAGUUCGUCACCUAUACAAACACUGUGUUCCAUCCCAAGACAGCAGAUACAGUUCAAUUUGCAACUGAAAGUCACCAGUCAUUUUUCACCAUUAAAGUUGGACAUGGAACCAUUCCAGCACUUUACAACUCUAGAUACCAAAAAGAGUACAAUAUUAGUGCUCUUGUUACCAUCGCCACCAAGACCUUUCUACGCUAUGACAAACUCAAAGAUCUCAUUGACAGCAUACGGCAAUAUUAUCCCACCAUUACCAUAGUGAUAGCAGAUGAUAAUGAACACCCUCAGCCAGUGACCGGUCCUCACAUUGAACAUUACAUCAUGCCAUUUGGAAAGGGUUGGUUUGCAGGAAGAAACCUGGCAGUGUCUCAAGUGACCACUAAGUAUGUGCUCUGGGUGGAUGAUGAUUUUUUCUUCACUGCAAACACCAAGUUGGAGAAAAUGGUGGACAUCCUAGAGAAGACCACUUUGGAUCUGGUUGGCGGUGCAGUGAGAGAGGUGACAGGUUACACUGCAACGUUCCGUCACACCAUUUCAGUGGAAGAAGGUGGAGAAGAAGGCGACUGUUUACAUAUAAGACCUGGCUACUACCAUGUUAUUGACGGAUUUCCUAAUUGUGUAGUAGCUGAUGGCGUCAUCAACUUCUUCAUGGGGAGGACAGACAAGGUGCAACAGGUGGGCUUUAACCCCCGCCUGGCACGGCAGGGUCAUCUGGAGUUCUUCAUUGACGCUCUGGGCUCCCUCCACAUUGGCUCCUGUAGUGACAUCAUUGUAAGCCAUGCAUCAAAGAUCAAACUACCCUGGAGUGAAACGGACUCCCAAAAGGCCUACAACAAAUUCCGCUAUAAACUUUCCAGUGGUGAUGCUAACAUUCAUAAGGAAAACUUGUACUUCAAGAACAGGUUCAAGUGCAUGACCAGUCAGUGAACCGUGGGGACCAAAACUAUACAAAAAGCCCUUGACAAUACAAGGUCGCCCCACCCAUUGUACUCUGGACAUAGAAAGAUACAACAACUGAAUUUUUGUUGGUUUAACACAUUGGACGCCAUUAGAUACUGAUUCACAGGGACACCUCAUCUGAAGGCAGGUGCUACAAUUAGAAGAGAUUUACAUUUACUGCUUGGAGAAGAAGUAUUGCGCUCCCAAGUUUACAGCCUGCAGGACACACUUCUCCAUAUUUGUCAGUGUGCUGAAAGGCGACCCACAGGCAAGUCACUGGAUGGUGGUCGACCUCAAAUUGUCCUUGUCAUUGAUUAAACACUUAGUGAAGACUUCAGAAAAUGUUUAGUGCCUUUAGUGCUUGCUGUGUGGACAGAUUUGUUCUAUAAACAGAUAAUUCUUUGGGAUAGAUAGAAAAACUGACGGAUCCUAUUUUCUCUAUCAGAUAUAUACGUCCACACACAGUAUUGAUCUCCAACAGUAUGCACUCAAAAUAUCAUGUUUUUCAUUGUUUUUUUAUUUGUUGUUAAAUGCACUAUGUGGAUUUUUUAUGUACUGUGACUUUAAAAAGAUAAAGACACAGAAAGAUAGAUGAAAUGUGAAAACAUGUGUCAUAUUUUCAAAGUAAUAUUAAAAAAGUAAAUAUAGAAAUGUAUAAUGUAAAUUAUAGUUCAUAUAUCAUUUUAUCAUUCCCCCUAUUCUCCAUUUCCUUUGUAUCUCUAGCUCAACCUGUUAAUUUCAGUAUUUGUUGGUGGUUGUAAUUACUUUUUCCAGACCUUCCUCAUUUCAUACCUAAUCAGCUGCCCCACCAUCCAGGUUAAUCAUUACACCUGUCCUUUCCAAGGUUCAAAGUGUCUGCUGUUAAAAAGCUCUCUAUCAAUGACUGUCAACAACAGCAAAAGCAGUUAUCAAUAUAAGGUUUUUGUUUGACUUUUAACUGCCUGGUAUCAAUGGUAAAUCAAGUAUUUAAAACAACAAUCAUGGCCUUUGGUGUGUAUGUGGUUAGGGUUGGGUUACGAUUCAAAUGGUUCUUAGAUUGCUAUAAUUCCACAAGUCCAGAGCACUGGCAACAGAUCUGCAUAAUGUUGUCACUGCCCCUACUCCAUUUAAUAAUCUUCUGGUAUAGAUAUGCUCAACAGUAAAAUCCAUCCUGCAACAUAUCCAUCUCAAAGGUGGGCAACAGUGACCCAUGCAGUCUGGAGGUACACCUUAGGACUCUAAAAACAUGCUUAUAUGCAGAAAUAUUAUAACAAAUUAUUUGCAAAACAAUGUGUCAAUACACAUCCUUACACACAUACAUAAAAAAUGUAAAUUAUCACAUAAGUGCUGAGGCAUCUCUGUGUUCACAUGCCUAAUCAAAAUAUUCAAAGAUUUGUAUGUCUCCCCACACACCUACAUAAAGGGAUAAUCAAUCUCUGUAAGUGCCAAGGCAAAUGCCCUUGAGGCAGUUGGCUGUUGGCCUAUGUUUUAAUAAGUGCUAUCAGUUGGUAAGCAUUACAUUUGGAACCAUAGACACAUAAGGGUUAGGCUAAGUCUUCAGGAAAUGAAUGUUAAGAGUGCUUUGUCCCUAUUCAUGUGAUUGUGCGUGGAUUUGCCUAUGCAAAUAAGAUAUCAUGUUACUUCUUGUUAAUAUCCUGACAGAGGCUUCACUGCUUUGACUAUAAUUUUAAGGAGUCAUGGUAAAAAUAAAACUUUUGCAUUAUGGUACUUUUA